AUGGGUCAGACACUCUCAGAACCCGUCGUCGACAAGAAAUCCGAAAACGGCGAUGGCGAGUCACUCAUCUACGGCGUGUCGUCGAUGCAGGGCUGGCGGAUCAGCAUGGAGGACGCGCAUGCCACCGUACUAGACUUUGCAGGUGAAGCCGGCAAACCCACUGGCAACGACAAGCGACUUGCCUUCUUCGGCGUAUACGACGGACACGGUGGUGACAAGGUGGCCUUGUAUGCUGGCGAGCAGCUACACCAGAUUGUCGCGAAACAGGAGGCUUUCAAAGAGGGCGACAUCAAGAAGGCUCUACAAGAUGGUUUCCUCGCCACAGACCGCGCCAUCUUGAGUGAUCCCAAGUACGAAGAGGAGGUAUCUGGCUGCACUGCGUCAGUCGCCGUCCUUUCUAAAGACAAGAUCUACGUCGCCAACGCAGGUGACUCGCGUACUGUCCUAGGCGUCAAGGGAAGGGCUAAGCCGCUCUCUUUCGACCACAAGCCCCAGAAUGAGGCUGAGAAGGCACGUAUCCAAGCCGCAGGUGGUUUCGUCGACUUUGGCCGUGUCAACGGCAACCUGGCUCUGUCGCGCGCGAUAGGUGACUUCGAGUUCAAGAAGAGCGCCGAUCUUCCUCCCGAGCAGCAGAUAGUUACUGCCUUCCCGGAUGUUGAGAUACAUGAUAUCAACCAAGAUGACGAGUUCUUGAUCGUCGCCUGCGAUGGUAUCUGGGAUUGCCAGUCUUCUCAAGCCGUCGUCGAGUUCGUUAGGCGCGGAAUUGUCGCAAAGCAGGAUCUUGCUUCCAUUUGCGAGAACAUGAUGGACAACUGUCUGGCUUCAAACAGCGACACGGGAGGUGUUGGCUGUGACAACAUGACCAUGACUGUCAUUGGUCUUCUACAAGGAAGGACGAAGGAGCAGUGGUACGAGGACAUCGCAAAGCGGGUUGCGAAUGGAGAGGGUCCAUCCGAGUUCCGCGGUCCCGGCGUUCACCAUCGCAUUGACGAUUCCCCUGAUGACAUCGACAUGGACUUGGACAGUCGAUUCCGGCCGAACAACGGCAACGGCGGUCGCAUCAUCCUUCUCGGCGACGGCACCGAAGUCUCGACUGGAGACAAUGACGGCGAGAUGUUCGAUAACGAGGACGAAGACAAGGAUCUGGAUUCGCAAGUCAACAAGUACAACCAGGACGCCAACGCCAAGUCUCGCGAGGAUCGCGAAGGCACGCCAGGCCCUCAGCACGAGAGCAAGGUCCAAGUGACUGAGUCGCCCUCAUCUGUACAGACCGAGAAGUCCGACGCUCCCGAGUCCCAGACCGACAAGAAGGUAGAGGCAGGCACAACCAAGACGAGCGAGAAAUAG